AUGACACCACGCCCAGCCAAGGUUCAGUCCCCUCUCACCCUCCUCGGCGUCUCCAUGCCUGUGCUUGGCGGCCCUGCGCAGCUCCGUUUCGCCACGCCCGCCCAUGCCGUCAAUCUCUCUCUCACGGUCUCACCACCAAGACUCGCCCAAACCUUGUCCUCGCCCGUCCCAGGCAGGCCACACGUGCCUCCCAACCCGCAUUGCCGUUUUACCCGCUCUGCGUGCGGAGCCACCGCGACCGACGACUCCAAUGGCCAACAAUACGGAGCACACUUGGUAGCUUUUCUCGAUUUCCCCCGAGUCGUCUAA